CGGUGAGUAAGCGAAUGGUCAGUGAAAAGAGGGAAGAGAGUCUGCAAAAGUUCCAGCUCUCCAGCUGCUUGGACGAACGGAUACCGAAGAACGGAAUGCGCUAAGCCCACAUCGGAAGAAAGAACAAGUUGACAGUCGGCCAUUCUUGCGAUCAAAGUGAACCUCGCAGCGGCAGGGGCAACGAACGAACAGCUGGCGGUGUGCGGUUCUGUUUCGCGUUAAACAUCCCUUACACAAUGGCAGGAUUGAACGACAAUCCGUUCGGUGAGCCGGAGAUUGACAAUCCGUUUGCGGAUCCAUCGAUACAGCAGAUAACGAGAAACACGACCAGCCUGCAACAGACACUCGAUGACUAUCGGCCGUUCGAUAAUGAUCGCAACGUGCUGGGCACCAACGGUGCCAAUCAACCGGCAACGCUCCACCCGUCCACACAGUCGCCGCCGGUGUACAGCCAGAGCGGGGCCCAGUACCAGACGAACAAUAAUGGUGCGACGAGCGCCACCGGGAGCAAACCAGCCGGAAUGACGCAAAUCUCCACCGCUGAACUCGAGCGAGCUCAGGAAGAACUGGAACGCAAAACGCGACAGCUGGAGAUCCGGGAAGCGAACCUGAAUAGGAAUAUGCCUUCGCACAACCAGCCCAACAACUGGCCACCGUUACCUUCGAUGUGCCCGGUAGAUCCGUGCUUCUACCACGAUAUCAAUGUCGACAUUCCGGUCGAGUUCCAGCGAGUAGUGCAGUGGCUCUACAGGCUGUGGAUGUUUUACGCCCUCGUGAUGGUGGUCAACGUUCUGGGUGGUCUAGUGAUACUGAUCCAUUCCGGCGAGUUUCGCACGUUCGGGCUGGGCAUCCUCUACGCGGUGCUCUUCACGCCAGCCUCCUUCAUGUGCUGGUAUCGCCCAGCGUACCAGGCCUUCAAGACGGACUCCAGCUUCAAGUUCAUGAUGUUCUUCUUCAUCUUCUCCUUCCAAGCGCUGGUGACCACGAUCCAGACCAUUGGCUUUCCCGGUUCCGGUACGUGCGGUAUCAUCAUGGCCGUGAAGCAAUUCAGCUCCGGUUGGGGUGUUGUCGUUGGCCUAUUUCUGAUGUGUAUCGCGCUCGCCUAUGGCACCUGCGCCAUCGGCAACAUCAUUAUGCUCACACGGGUCCACCGUAUUUACCGCUCGGGAGAAAAUAUGUCCAUGAACAAGGCGCGCGAAGAGUUCCAGAGUCAGUUCUUCAGCAAUCAGAUCGUGCGCGAUGCGGCCGCCGGUGCUGCCCGCGCCUCCGUACAGAGCACUCUCAACAGGUACUAAGACACUAGCGCUGCACCUCUCCCAAACCCCACCACCCAAGCCACCUGGCCAGUAUCUCCGAGGGCCCCCCUUUGGUAGCGCGUUUCCUUAAUCUUUCAUUCACACCUAUCUGUCACUCUUUCUAUCUUCGCCGGAGUCCCACUCAAUUUCCUUCCCUUCUGGGGUGUAAAUGUUUUGCCUGACCCUUUUGCAACGUUAUUUUACUACUUCUUCGAGUCUUGUGGGGACGUUUUUUCUCUCCUUCGUAAUCAUUAGUGCCUUUUCGUGCGUGUAUCGAGCUAGGAAGUUUGUUUGUGACUGAAAAGAAGAAAUGUUUGUUUUCUUGUUCCAAAUGCUCGAUUUCGUUCGAUAAAAAAAACGUUCCGAUCCCUUUGGUAGAUAUUAGCAUCUUUUGCACUUUCUUUGCCCUUAGUCUUAUAAUAUGAUUCGAUUGUGUUUGAUAUCCGUUCCUUUUUAUUUUGAUUCACUUUUAUAAAAAUGUCUCAAGUACACAAUAAUCUGUGCGAUACUUCCCCGAUGUUAGUUUUGCGAUACAAUAAUUUGUCUAAGACACAACAAGCCUAGCGCAAGUUUUCUUCCUCUGUCCGUCUAGUUGCGUAGAAGUUUUCCACGGGCUACAAUUAAGUGGCGAUCGUAGUAAACAAUGGCUGGCGUUUGAGAUGGCAGGCGGUAUAAAUGUGGAAACACUUAUUUGAUUUGGACGGUUUAAAGUAACCGUUUGCAUAAUGUCUGUGAAUGUUCAAAAUAUAUUCAAUCCCCUUAAGGUAUGUUUCCCAGUCAUUACUUAAAAAAACACUCACAUGGCGUACCUCUCCACAACGUACUUCCUCAGCGGGUGCGCUGACAACUGAGAUUGAAUAUGUUUUCUAAGUUUUUGCACUUUACACAAAAUUACUAAACGACAAAUAAAUUCUGAAUUUGUGAUGCCGAGUUGAAAUAAAAAGCAUUCUAAGCAAAUUUGUUGUGAACAAUGUUUGUGCUCAAAGGAUCGAUUUGAAUGACAUUUUGUUUUAUCAAAAGUGGCACUCAAACUAUGGCUGAUGCUGAGCAAGAUUAGUGCGUAUUUUAGAUAACAUAACUUUCCAUGGUGAAAGUUGUCAAGCAGCGCUUAGACUGGAGUUUAUUAUUUAGGCAUAGCAAACGUAACGAUCACCCGCUAACAAGAGCAAGUUAACAUUUGUGCUGAACAACGUAAAUUACGUAUGGUUUAUAUUUAUCUUAGGCUUACAAUGUGACGAACCAACACAACACACUAUUACACGAAUAAAGAAAUACAUCCGGGAAAAUAACUUUUUCUUUUGGUUUAUUUAAUUUUCAUUGCACCACCCUUUCAUCGUUAGUUCUUUUGUCUUGUUUGUUGGAAUGUUAACUAUAUUUCCGGGCACCCAAAGCAUUUAAUUAUUGUUCGGGUAGUUCU